AUGAAACGAAUGUCCGCUGCCGCUCUUUUGAAGGAGCAAUCGCCAGUUCGGCAAUGGUGCGAUUUUGCCAAUGAUAUCAACGCAUUUUUGAGUGAACCGGCACCAAAUGUUGAUCUGUAUAUAGAGAGAAUUGCUCAUGAUUGGACGAUUGCUGAAAAGAAAGAUCUCGUCGAAAUGUAUGGUGGAAAGAAGCGAAAAGGAUUGCCGAAUAGUGGAAUCAAAUUCCUUCUUUCAGCUUUCGAGUCUGAGAAAUCUGAGGCCUAUUUCAUUAUACUGUGUAGAGUUCUUUGGGCGAUAUUCGAAAUAGUCUCUGUCGAAGAUAGGAGAAAAGAGAAGGGGAUAAUCAAAAACGACGCGGUUGCGACACUCAGUCGGACCAUUCGUAAACGUCUUCUUCUUCGGAUUGAGCUGAAUCAACGAUCUCAAUUAGAUCUGGAAGUUGAUCAAAUGCUUUACACCCUGUUGUAUAAGAUUGGGCUUAAAGAUAAUCGUUUUAAUCUCAAAGUCCGUGUCAGUGGCCUUCUUCCGACAAUGUGUCGCGUGUUUGUCAAGUUUGAUCAAUUGUGUCCCGAAUUCUACACGGUUUUCAUUCGAAUGGCAAGAUCUCCAAGAAAUGGUCAAUCGAUUGGCAGACAAGAUGGGUUCAUGGCAAAAUUAAUGGCGCGAAUCACCUCGAUUAGCGAGAAUUUGGAUGAGAUUUCGUCUGUUCAAUUGCUCGACAAACAUCUGCAAAUUCUUUUUUUCACAUUGAAAAAUCGUCGUACUCGGCUCCAGACAAUACGUGAUUCGAUUAGUCGGACGAUCAUCGAUAUCUUGCGGAAGCAGCUCUCUGCGAUCUCAAGACCUCCGCGAUUGUUGUCGAGCCUUUUUGGGACUCAAGACAAUCCUGCAAUGACGUCGGCACGAGGUGAUGUCGUUAUUGGAUGUGUUGCCAUUUCAAGACUUUUGGCUAACAAUAAGAAGGCGAGAGAUGAGAUGAUACAGACUGGUGUACUCGAUAUUUGUGCAAAAGAGCUCAAAGAAAUGAGCAAAGAUGCGCCAAAAGGUGGGCAACGUGCAAAAAUUGUGGACUCACUCUGCUCGCUGUGGCUCCGUUGCAUGCCGCCGGUACCGUAUCCGUUGGAGAAUGUGCCGUUUCGCCUUGUGUUCCCAUUGCCGCCGGCGACACCCGCGACGCCAGGCGGCCGAGUGCGCAACUCAUCUUCCAUAAAUGUCUCGUUCGAUAAUGGACGAUCCAGCGAUGAAGACGGAGUUGAUGAUGAUGAGAUGGCGUUUCAGGAUCAGAAUGCUUCGUCCAAUUGUGAGCAGUCGGAUGAUGAUGAGAAGGAAGCACUGCCGCUUCCGAAAACAACCAAGUUGACACCGACGCAACUCAACAAGUACGCGCCGUUUUUCGGCGAAUUCGAAUAUGGUUGCAUGGUUGAAACGAGCCGAAAUGCCGAAGAGAGCUGGUCGGAGGUGUGCAAACGAACGAAGCACGUGAUGCCGUUCCAGGAGACACUCCCGUUGGAGAUGUUCACGACGCCGUCGGCGAGAAAUGAGAAGCUUAUGAAAUCGACAAAUAGCAUGAGUAAAUUAAUAAGCGACGAACUUGAGAAGAACGUGAACACCAAGAUGUCACCGAAAAUUGUCUAUGAUGUUGAUCCACUCUUAUUCGGAGAGAAUUUGCCAAAAUCUCCUGGAGAUGAUCUGCGAUUCGAGAGUCGAUUCGAGAGCGGAAACCUUCGACGUGUCACACAGAAGUCUCCCAAUCAUUAUGAGUUGUUCCUCUCGCCUGAUCUCAAUCAGCUUCGUGAUCACUACCAAUGGUUUUUCUUCCAGGUGUCGAAUAUGCGAAAAGGUGUUGAAUAUACCUUCGAGAUCGCCAAUUGCUUCAAAUCGACAUCAAUGUACAGCGAGGGAAUGCAACCGGUGAUGUUCUCGAUGGCCGAUGCGGGUCUUGGAUGGAAACGAGUUGGAGAGAAUAUCCUAUACUACCGUAACCUGUACACUAGCGAAGUAGCGGGAGCGGUUGAUGAAAAGAACGGAGAAGAACGGAAAAAACUGCACUACUAUUCGAUUCGUUUCGAUAUAACCUUCAAAAAUACUGGAGAUGUUUGUUAUAUUGCUUACCAUUAUCCUUACACUUACUCAUUUCUUAUGGCUAGUUUGAGCAAUCUCCGACGCCAUCAACUCACUGCAGUUUACUGUCGAGAAGAUGUGAUUGGUUUUAGUCUCGCCGAAAACGCGAUGAAAAUGCUCACUAUCACAUCGGCUUGUUCCAGUUCGGAAGUGUCUGCGAAACCGGUUAUUGUUCUUAGUGCUCGCGUUCAUCCCGGCGAAAGCAACUCGAGCUGGAUCAUGCAGGGAAUAUUGGAGAAUCUGCUGUGCGGCACCAGUUCGGAGAUGUACCGACUCCGCGAGCAAUUCGUCUUCAAAAUCAUUCCGAUGCUCAAUCCGGAUGGUGUUAUAAAUGGAUCACAUCGAUGCUCAUUGGCUGGGAUUGAUCUGAAUCGCGUGUGGGAUCGACCGAAUGAGGGAUUACAUCCGGAAAUCUUCCACUCGAAGGCCAUCAUUCAGUUCUUGUGCGAUGUGUUGAACAAGAAGCCGUUUGCUUAUGUUGAUCUACACGGGCAUUCGAAGAAGUGGGACUGUUUCUUGUUCGGCAACAACCCGGCUGAGUCCUGGAGGCAAGAAGACGUUUCCGACGCUACCGAGGAUGAUGAAUACCUUGCACUGCUGAAAGCUCUUGAGCAAACGUGCUCUGGAAAAUUCAAUCCGUUAGAGUGCAAGUUUUCGAUAUCGCGAGCCAAGGAAUCAUCGGCGCGUGUGAAUGUUUGGCGUCAAUUUGGUGUACAAUUGGCGUAUACACUUGAAUCCACAUAUUGCGGAUUCCAAAUGGCGCAGAACAAGGGAUUUCAGAUAAAUACUGAUGACUUGAAAGAGAUUGGACGGGAUUUAUUACGAGCGUUUUUGGAAGUAAGCUGUUUUCUGAAAUUCUAA